UGGUGCAGUGGAUUUCGUCAGCGCGGUUUCGUGAGCGGAUAAGUGUUGUGUAAUUAGUGUAUUUUGCAUUUUCACGUGAUCGUUCUUGUAGCGUAUCGAAUGUGUCUGUGGUAGAAGGAAAAUAUACCCGAUCGGAAGAAAAAAUGAAUCAUUUGCAAAUAUCCACCGACCCAACACUGUUGGGCGCAGAUCUGCCGGAGUCACUGACGACGUCGCCAUCGGUGUCGACCUUUCUUCCGGAAGAGGACGCAUCUACCUGUUUGCUCCUGCCGGGUACGCCCAGCCCUCCGUUGGAUUUUACCCACCCCUUGACGCCAAGCAUGGGAAAUGCGGACAAUUGUGAAAAUGUUGCCGGAGACGAUCUCGCUGCAGAGACAAGCUCGUCUGGCAGCUCGGGAAUUGAAAUGGUGGGUGGUUGCACCAGUGGUGCGGGCAAUCUGUUCAACAAUCACAACAACGAGUAUCAGCAUCUGCGGAAGAAGAGCGACGGAAAGAUGCAGGAAAACGGAAUGGCCAACGGUGCGCUGAAUAUUUCCCUCACCAAAGACAUGCCCAGCUUCGUGCACUGGGACUGGCCACUGAUUCGCAAGUGUACGUUCUUCGUGUUCCUGGCCGGGAUUGUCGCCAUGGUUGCCAUUGUGGUGACCAUGAUUGCGAGGCUGCCCAAGUCGUGCAAUCCUUCAGUGCCCUGGUACAAGGGCUCCGUUUUCUACGAAGUAUUCCCGGCCAGUUUCCAGGACACCAACGACGACGGUUUGGGGGACAUCCGGGGCCUGAUCAGCCGAGCGGAAUAUUUCAAAACCCUUGGCAUUGGGGCCGUUCGUUUGAACUCGAUUUUCCCCUCGGCGCACUAUCCGGACCACUUCCAGGACGUUACAUCGCUGACGGCAGUUGACGAGGUGCUAGGAAAGGUGGAAGAUUUGCAAAAGUUCGCUGCCGUGCUGCACGAGAGGAACAUUUCGCUGAUCUUGGAUUUACCGAUCUAUCCGUUUGUGAACCACCUGAAUCCUCCCACGUUGGAUGUGGACCAUUUGCCCAAUAGGACGGAUGAUGUUCCGACUAGUGAGUUUCUGAGGCUAGCUCGAUCGGUUAAAGCGGAACGGGAAAAUGUCAUAACCAGUGUGCUGAUGUUCUGGCUGGCUAAGGGUGGAGUUGAUGGAUUUUACAUCAAGGGAUUGGAGCACUUCCACGACGAUCCUCUGCUGUUGGAAAAUAUCAAAGAGUGGAAGUAUACCCUUGGCGGGGAUAGAGUGCUGAUGGUUAGCCAGGAUUUUAUUGAUAAAGUUCCGGAAGCGAUCGUCCGAGACGUGUUGAACCAGGUAGAUUUGGUUGACGUUAUGCUGGAGGUUUCGAAUGGAACGGAAGCGAUUGCCAAUACGGUUCGUGAUGCAAUUAAUGGACAACUUCUCAAAGGAGCUGAGCACCCAUGGGUUCAUUGGAGCGUCGGUGGGGUCAAUGAACGGCGUUUGGCUUCCGGAAUGAAUUCAAAUGUUUCACUAGCAGCGACUUUGAUGCAACUGAUGCUUCCAGGAACGUCGAGCAUUUUCUAUGGUGAUGAAAUUGCGUUGGAGGAGGUGCAUGAUCCAAACGGAGAGCACGAAGAAACGCAACAUUUGCAUAAUUUGCCUGCGAUGAGCUGGAGUGGAGGCCAGAAUCAGUUUACGGGACGGGGAACGUUGCCGUGGCUACCGAAAAGUGCCUCCGCGUCGUUCCACCAUCUUGAUAUCGUGCGUGAUUUGAUAGCCCUAAGAAAGCGCUCACCUUCGAUCUAUCUGAAUGCUGUGGUCAAGGACGAACAAAUCCUGCCGAAUGCGGAAGUGAAGUCGAGUAAAAAUGACAUUCUCGUUAUCCAAAGAUGGUACCCGAGAAGGAAUUCUUUUGCAUCGAUUACAAAUUUUAACUCGAAGAACGUUUCAUUGGAUUUGACCGUCAUGUUCUACAGUGGAGACGUGCUUGCCAGUUUGUCGACGAAAAACGAACGGGUCUAUUUCAAAGAGUUCACCGUGAACGCUCAGGAGACAGUAGUUGUGAGAUUACACAAAUAAAAAAAA